GUCGUCCCCUUUGUGUGCAGAUCAAAUACUCCUGUUUUUACUCAGCUUUAAUUUGCGGAGCGAUGGUCCACGCUGCUGAACUUAGAAACAAUCUUGGUGUUGGGGAAUAUGCAUGUUAUGGAUUUAAAGGUGACAGAAAGACUAGAAAACCUAUCGUGGAGAAAAAGAGGCGAGCACGUAUUAAUGAAAGCCUGCAGGAUCUCAGGACAUUGCUCACAAAUAACGAUUCGCAGACAAAGAUGGAAAAUGCCGAGGUGCUUGAGCUAACAGUAAAACGAGUGGAGAGCAUCCUACAGAGCCGUUCUCAGGAAACUGGGGCUGUGACUCAAGAGGCCAGUGAGAGAUUUGCAGCAGGUUAUAUUCAGUGCAUGCAUGAGGUGCACACUUUUGUGUCCACGUGCCCAGGAAUCGAAGCCAGGGUGGCUGCAGAACUACUCAACCACUUGCUGGAGAGCAUGCCAUUAAAUGAGAAUCACCUUCAUGACAUGAUUAAGGAUCUCAUAUCAGAGCCUUCCUCUUCUGGUGACUCUUGGCAAUCUGGAGAAGCACAAAACCCUGGAAGACACUGCGUGUCCGGCAUGUCUUCAGAAUUACCACAAUUUCUGUCCAACCCCUUCUGUCAUGAUCUCUGCUCUGACCUGGAUGAGACAGAGACUGAAGAACGCUCAGCAUCAGCUGAAGACACCCUGGACUUCUCCAUGGUCACACACUCUAAGUUCAUGUGGAGGCCAUGGUAGAAACAGCAAAUGUUUCCUAACAAUUAACCAUGUCCUGGACUGGAGUUUUCUGGUCUUAUGAUCAGAUUACAUGAAGGUAUGGCUGGAGCUUAAGAAUUUCACUAUUAGGAAAACAAAAUAGUGAAACAAUAUUACUGGACACAACCCAGGGCAAGUUUAGCAUAUCACAAGAUGUUUAGCAAACAUGAAUUGUCCUUUAAUAAUGUGAUGCCUUCAAGUAUAAAAAGCUAAUUUAGGUUUAUUCCAGUAGUUACAGACUUAACAAAAAAUGAGUGAAAAUAAUUGAUCCUAGAGUCUGAAGAAAUGCAUUUUUUUAGUAAGACAAAAGAUUUGUUUUGUGCCUUUGUAAAACCUAGUUCAAAAUAAUUCACAUGAGGAAACUGUUACAUAGAUAGUUCAUGUCCAUCUGUAGUCAUUGUAAAAGUUUGUCUUAAAUAGUUUGCUUAGGGAAUUCAAAUACAUGUUUAAAUAAAUAUUAUUUAGCAUCAAGUGCCUUGAUAAUGACUUGUAGAUCAGGGCCCGGUUUUUCAAAAGGUUUAAUCCGGAUCAAAUUGAUCCGGAUUUAGUAAUCCUGUUUUUGCUAUCUGUAAUCACGUAAUCCAGUUUACUUUUUGAGCCAGUUUUUCAAAGCAACAUCGGAUUGGAUCAAUCUGAUCCGGAUAGGAACUUUUCAGGAUUACUAAUUCUGGAUAACCAGUGCUCAAUCACAAUGUAGAUAGAUAGGCCUAGGUAAAGAGCAACAAAUAUAAUAGCCAGUGUGGGGUCAAUAUCACUAUAUUUUUUUU